GAAACAUUUUCCAAUCUUUUUGUUGUUUUUUCACGUUCCUAAUUCCUCAUAAUUCUCCCCUCCCCCUCUUCCCUCUUGGGCCGAAUUUUUUUUCCUUUUCUUUGUCGAUAGUCUGGCUUCCCGAUCACGGCGAUAUGUUAUGGACCCCAUGGCCUUCGUCUGUCCCUACCGUUCUGUUCGUGUGUGCUCUGUUGGCUUGGUGGUUUAUUGAGCCUAAGACGACCCAUCUGAACUUGAUAGUUGUCAUCGGGUGUGUCCUCUUUUACUGGGCUGUAGCACCUGAGCUGGCCCAGGCGACACCUUACCAAAUCUACCAAUUUUCCGUCCACGCCGCCAAGUUAUUACGACUCGACGUUUUAGUUCUCUAUCAUGCCAAUAUGCUUGUUACCGGUCUAGCUAUUACGUGGUUGGCCCACAGAGCCGUCCAGACCUUAAGAAAGUCGGUCAACGAACUCAUCGGUGUUCUCGGCGUCGAAGUUCCCGAUGCUCCCGAUGUGUCGCUAGCAGGAAUCCGUGCCGACGCCGCGACCCUGAACUGGACACGUCCACUACCUACUCGACCCGUUGCAAAAUUUACCAUCCAGGUUAACGGCGUUAAUGUUGGUGAUUCUGCAAAUCAAGAGACAGCUAUUACCGUAACGGGCCUGAAACCCAACCACUUUUACAACGUUCGAGUUAUUGCCGUAGGAUAUAACAACUUCCAGGCAGGCAGCCGCGUUAUACGUCUUCGAACAUACGCGAGAGAUGGUCGCCCUCAGCUUGGAGACGGUCGUCUACCGUCUAAUUUUGUUCCAGAGGAACAGCAACUCGCCAUGCCUAACGACCAUGCUGAUGAAGAUGGAGGACCGAGAAUCGCAGCUGCUAGCGUAGAGGCCGCGUCUAUCCCCGACAAUCCCAGCGUCACGCGUGAGGCUAGCUCAAGCAAUUUAUCCAACGCGAGGCGGAAUACUCUUACGCGAAAACAUUCACCUUCUACGACAAGUAUAGAUCAGUCUGUCAAGGAGGCUCUCAGCAAAAACUCGGAGGAAUCAUUGGAGGAACUAGGGAAACGAUUCGAGAGUAUCCGGAAGGAGAUUGACGAAACACAAAGCCAAAUUGCCAAGGAUGAGAAAGAGCAUAAGGAAUUGGUGGAUGAGUUGGGAGGAGAAAAAAAGAUGAAGAGACGUAUACAGAAAGAGAAAGAUGAUAUGACAGAAAAGUUGAAGAGAGAAGUGGGAUCCACAGAGAGAGCCAUGAGGAGCGCACAGCAACGAAAAGCCCAGAAAGAAAAGUUACUCAGGGACAAGCAGGCUGAAAGACAAAAGCUUCAUGACGACAUAGCAAAAUGGGAAAAAGAUAUGGCGUCCAUGGUUAAGCGCCAGGCCGGAUUCGAAAAGGAAAUGAACUCUUGCCAAAAGGACGCCGACGGUCGAGCUGAGGAGUUACGCGCUGAGAUUACUCAGGCGCAGGCAAGCCUCGCCCAGGAAGAAGCGGAUCUCAAAGAAAAGAGCAAGGAACUCAAGGAAGCCGAGGAGCAGAGAAAAAGACUUCCCGGUGGAGAGGAGAGCGAAGAAUGGCGCGAGACAGAUCGUCAAAUUAAAAGAGAAUGGGAGAUCAGGGCGAGGGAUCUGCAGCGGCGACUCUUUUCUGCAAAUAGGAAGUUGCGGAUGGUCAGCGACUACGAGACUGUGUUGCAGACUCAGUUGGCGGCAGCACAGCAAGCCGGCCUUCCUUUUAUGUACAACCAGGCAAACUCUUCGGGGGUUGACUUCGAUCUCGGAACGCAGAACCAACUCAAGCGACGAAGCCGGAACAGCAAUUCACUUUCUAACGUAGCCAUCCCUUCUCCCGUUCAGUCGUUUUCGAUGAUUGAACGACCAUACGGACCUUCGGCAACAUUUGGACCAUCUCGUCCUCCUACCAUCCCACCAGGAUUUGCCCAGGGUCCCUAUCUAGAACACAACCCCGACUUUCAUGACCUACUAGAAGAUGACGGCAUGCGACAUCUCAGCGCUGCUGCACCGCUUAGUCCUACCGCGACAUCUCUCUUACCUGCGGGAAUGCUUGAUGACCUCAUAGACGACGAGCCCCCCAGUCCCGGCUCUCGACCCAGUCGUCAUAACACCUUCGGCUCACCAUUUGCGCCCGAGAACGACCCGCAAUCGCCAGCGUCUUCGGCUCGGUCACUUAAUAUCUUAUCCAGCCCUCACGGCUCUUCUCACCAUUUGCCUUUUUCUCAAUAUACUGGUGAGAACAGUGAGCGUCGGUCCCUGAAGGGACUCAGGGGUGACCUUAACCCCACAUCGUCUCCCAUCGCCCCUCCAACUCAAGCUACGAACAGACGAACAUUCUUACCAUGGCUUCAUCGCGGACCCAAGCAGGCAGACGAGCCGCCUCCUUUAGGCACAUUGAAGGCCGGCCAGACUCAAUCUUUGCCUCGGCAGGCGGAGGAUGGAGACGCUAGUCCGAGCAAGCGGCGAAUUAGUUUCUCCUCUGGUUGGAAUAUGUUCAACCGGAACUCCACGGGCCCAGACCUCGCGGAGAUUAGCAGUCCCAAUGCACGAGGCAUACCUUCGCGCAGAAUAGGUCUCGCCACAAACACUAACAGUAUGGGAAGCAACAUAUUCUCCGAGCGUGAUCCAAGCAGCCCAAGGCCUCUGUCUAUUGCAUCUUCCGAAUUACCUCGUCCAUCUACUGAUAGUAGUUCCAUCUGGGGCCGAGCUCCGCAACCUAAUCGACUUUGGUCGAGAGAAGACAAUCCUUGGGCCUCCCAAAAUCCAUCCAGAAGACCUUCCCUCCAUGGAUCACCUUCGGCGCUGAAGACUACUCUAGCCGAUGCCGACGAUGAAAUACUAGACGACUCCGAAUUGCUACACGCAUCGCCUAGCCAAGUAGGAGUUAUUGGAACCAAACCCUCAUCCAGGACGCUUAGCCAACGCCUCAAUCCUGCUGCGCCUACUUUUAUGGCAAUGACAGGGUUAUUCCGUGCUAGGCCUGAUAAGGAGAGGGAGAAGGAGACGGAUAAAGAACAUAAAGACCUGAAGGAAAAAUCCAAGGCUAAAUCUAAGGAUAAAGAGCUAGCUAAGGAGAAGAAACCGCGUAUUUCCUUAUCGGAUGUGUCUGAGGCUGCGGCUCCAUCUAUAGAUGAGUCGCCAUCAGAGCCUCGCAUAUCUCGCGAUAUUUAUUCCGUCGGCACACCAUCCAUCACGGAAUCGCGCGAAUCACUCACUUUAGAAGACACUCUUUCUAACACACCUUCUGAUCAAGCGGUCGGACCCGGAAGCAAGGACCAAGAAAGUGGAUUUAGGAAACUCCUACGAAAAGGGAGUUCCUCAAAGUUCAGCUUCACUUCGGUUAGAGGACUAGGGGGAAAGAAAGGACCCAGCAGCGUUACCAACUCGGAUAAGAACGCAUCCGUUGAGCGUAGCAGCUUUGACGAAUACGCCGAGGACAGUGGUAGCGGUGGUGUUGGACUUGCCCCUGGUCGCAGCUACGACAGCCUCCACGGCAGUCCCUCUUUGGGACCCACAAGUGCAAACAGGCAUGUUAAGGACAAAUCUGUGAGCUGGGGUUCUAGAUUUAGCAUGAAGAAAAAGCCAGGGAAAGAGAAGGAGAGUUUGGAUCUAGAGAGAGAUGAAUUGGGUCCGAACACGCCUCUGGCUGAGGAGAAGCCCUAACCUAGAAUUAACUAACUACGUAUGUAGAAAUAGUGUUAGGAGCGACAUCGAGGACGAAGCCGUUCUUGACAAAAGCAAUAUGAUGACUUAUCCGCGUUGAA